AUGUCAGCUCCAUCGACACCCAACGGAUGGAACGCCCUCCGCGAGAAAGUGAAACAAAGCGUCAUCCUCCAACGAACGCCGGCUCAAACAAUCGAACUGAGGCUCUGUGCCUUGCUAACGUUCUUGAGUGGAGUCUUGUAUGCCGCGAGCUUUGUAAAACGACGAAGUGGAGGAAUGUGGAUGGUCAAAAAAGAUGCACAGGGAUACUACCAUCCCAACGUGCAUACAGCUCUACCGCUUUUUGCGGCCCUCUAUGCCAUCUUGGAUGUUAGUGCCGUGCUAUUUAUUGAAAAGACUUUGAACCAUCCGGUCGAUCCGAUACCUGUUGUAUUGCAACUCGUUGCUUAUCAGGCGCUCCAAGUUUUCGCCUGGGUAAAAAUAUGGGCUACUUUAUACGCUCUGCUAUCUUCACGGCUGCGUCAUCAAACAAACACUAUUGCAGGCAACUUUUCACGAACUCGGAAGCUGGUUUCACCGCGGAUCUUUAACACAUUCCUUCUGGGCACAAUCAUUGUCGUCCUCAUCGGACAGAUACCGUUAAUUGCUUUACUAAGCUUAUCGAUUGUGAAAUUUAGGAGGCAGUUUUGGGCUUCGGACUCACUACUCGAGCAGGCCUCGUUCCUCUCGGCCGCUCCUAAUACGGACGAUCCUACGAUCAUCACUCUGACUGCAGUACAAACAAUCCUCAAUCUUCAGAUUCUGGAUGAAGAAGGCGGCAAAGCAAACAGGUUGCUACUCGCCUAUAUCAUUUUCACCAUCGCUUGGAUGAGCUUCAAUAUUUUUAUCUUUUCAGUGUCCACCACUUUCCUGUUACAUGCCCUGCGAACUCAAAAAAACAUUCUUUCGUCUGCGUUGGAAAACCGGAAGGUACUCAAGCUCAUCCAAAAGAGUGAAAAAGAACAGAUCAAUGUCCGACACAGUUACAACAGCUGGGUCUUUUGUUCGAGUGACGAAGGCUGUACUAGGACAACCAGGCGAGAUCAGAAAUCUUUCGAUCCUUGGACUUGGAAAUCCUGGAUUGAUUUUGCUAAGGAUGAAAGUCUGACUACUGGCGAUGCAUUUUGGAACCGGGUCAAUAUGUUGAACCUACCCGCACGCGCCUCGCGGGCAAACCUUGAAGACGCCUUUGUGGUCGGAGAACUUUCUAAGCAGGUAGACCAUUCGGCCAUUAAUGAUGCGGCACUCGAAAUGCAUUGCGCGACUACCACUCGUUACUGGUACAGCACUAUGGGCCAAACGAUCGUUGGAAUAGGAAUGUUUUCGGCUUACUUGAUCAUGGGUUGUCGAUUGUUCAUUAGAAGUCCACAGUCUUCGGGGAAAGACGAAUUGAUCGAAGCGUUCAUAUGGUCAAACUGGACAUGGGGAGGUGGACCUGGAAUCUUACUAGGAAUUGUUGCUUGUAUUGUGGCCUUCUCGUCCACUCCAACACUUCCCCAGGGUUCAAAACUUCAAGCUCUUGAUGUAUCUAUUGGGGGAAAUAAUAAUCGAGACUCUGCUACGCAUCACGAAAGAGCCGAGACACAGAGAUCCGGGGCUUUACCGAUUUCGAAGAACGAAUUGGAGAGUAUUCUAGCCUCUGGCUCUCGGGCUACUCCCGCCCAGCAGGAAGACAACUUGAGUCUUUCGAGUUCCGCAUGGAGGAAUCCUUCGAUCGACUCCUGCAGAACCGACAACAAUCCUCAAGUCUUGGGGCGUCAGGCUUCAUUCUCUUCUUCAAUCUUUAGCUACCAAACAGCCCAUCACGAAUCUCUGUACAAGCCAUCCAACGAGGACAUGCCUUGGGGCGCAAUCACCGACAGCUCACAGCAAGAGAAUCUUGUCCAAACGGAAUGGAUGGGCAGUGGACAUUUCAAAGCCAUUAAAGGCCUAAGAGAGGCACAAUGA